AUGUCCGACACCAAUUGGUUACAAGAAGGGACAACCGUUUUUGUUCGUCACCAGGUAACCAGCGACUUUGCGGCCGCUUCUGCAGAUCGACCAUUUGAUCUCCAAUCAUCUCACAGCGCCCCUGCCUUGGCGCAUGAAAUAAAUGAUAUUUGGACGAGGAAAAUUCAUAGAACAAAAGGAAACACCUCACAUACUCAUCAUGACCCGUCCAAUACAACUUCGGAACGCGAUCAUCACGACGAGAGUCCUUGCGGCAAUCCUUUCAACCAUUUCAAUCGCUUUCUCCAUAACAGUUCUCACUUACAUCAUUGGCUGGUCCGGCAGCAACUACACGGGCUUGAGUGUUCUCCCUACUGUGGCAGUCUGGUCUCCUCUUCCCUUUUUGCCAAAACCAAAACUUCUCCUUCGAAAUUUUCUAACCAAUAUUCUCUCUCACAGCUUGGCAUCUCAAUCUUUUGGAAUGUUGUUGCUCUUGUUAACAUCAACAUCACUGCUCACACGUUUCACGCCAUAAUUGACCUCGUCGUAUUCUCCAUCAUCCUUGCGCUGGGCCUCGUCGGCUUCCUCCAUGAUGAAUAUAACUAUCUCAGGAACGGAUACCAUUUGUCGGUGAACUCAAUUUGGUUGAGCCAGGAGUUGGCUGCCGGUGGUUGCAUGGUUGCUACUGUCGUUUUGCAGCUUAUCCUCGUACUCCUGAAUCUCCUCUCGGCCAGGAUAUCAAAGAGGAUUCAGGAGCAAGAGCUUGUUGUACCACUACCGCCUCCUCCUUAUGCCGAACCUAUCAUCACGAAACUGCCGACUGCCGAACUGCGAAAGGAGAAAGAGGAAUGGUUUGAGGAUUGUGACGGAAAGAGUUUGACAUCAACUUCUACACUGGCGGAUAGUGAAAAGAGCCUCGGAACUACCGAAGCUUAGAUAGGCAGGGCUAACAAGAAUUCGAAAGGGAGAGCGGAUUUGAAGCCGAGAUUAGGAUCAGAAAAGUUUCAGAAGUGCAAGGCAUAUGAGAGUAUCUACGGAUAUAAAGACAGUCGGCGCUUUUAAAAUUAAAGGUGAUGUUUACCAACAAACCUGAAGUUGUC